AUGGGCCACAACGUCGGCAACGGGAUCCAUUUCCCAGGACGGCCGGGGGUCACCCCUGACCAGAGGACCAUGGACCACGCCGACGAGGGCGGAAUCGUCAGCGGCCGCUUUCGCGUGGCUCGUCAGAGCUGCCGACUGGAUUACAGGGUUGCAAAUGCUAAUCCGCGGAGAGUAAGUCUGGACCUUGGGGUUGUUUUUGGCAUUUACUUUGCAGUUGCGUCACUUUUGGAUCGCCAUAGCGACACUGAGUCGUUACAUCGUGGACACUCAUUGAUGAAGGAACCCACUGUGGAUGAAGCGGCGACAGACUUGUUGCGUAGAUUCGCCGGUGGCAGCAUGCAAGCUGCAAGAUGGAUCGAGAACCGCCCUCGGAGUCUCCAAGGUCUGAGAUGUUGCAGACGCGCACUCUCUUCUGUCAAAGUUGUCACGAGCGCGGCGCGCGGCGGCCAAGCGUCCGAGUUCCAGAGGAGCCAGAAACAUCAAACCUCUUUGGUGGCCAACGCUGCCUCCCUCGCCUGUCAAAGCCUAAUUCUGCAGGCGAAAACCAGCUGUGGCGUGUGUUGGAGCAGGGUACAUGGGAUGCUAGACACUGGUUUCUCUUUUUUCCUCUCAGUCGAUUACAGAAAGGGACGGUGGAACAUGGAGGGUGAGGUGUACCGAGUGGCCGACGCCUCACACUCACCAGAGUUAAGAGUCAAGAGUCAAGAGUCAAGAGUUCAACAGGCGAGAAACAUGGUUUUCAGAGACGAGAGACAACAAUGUCGCACCGCCACUCCCGCAUUUGCGUCACAUUUCAUGGGAAUCACCGUCCUGCUAGUUUCGCUGAAUAUCGUUCGAAGCCUUAGUGGACGCCCAUUUCAAAUUGAUUUUUCUUGGACAACAAACAAAUACGGAUACUGUGGCUGGAAAAAGAUCACCGCGAGGGUGCCCAGUUUCCAGUUCCCAGUUCCAACUCUCCCCGAGCCGACGGGAUGA